UCUGUGCAGAAGAAUGUCAAGAGCGUAUCAGCUGACCUUUAUAACAGGCUGGACACACUAAAAAAAAUCAUCAUUCGAGAAAAGCUGCUCAGGUAUCGGAACAUCUCAGCGAACUGCUGUUGGAUUAAGGUAUAUCUUGAAAUAAUGGGAAAUAUUAAUGCUAAAGAUCCUGAUUAUUGGAAUGUGCCAGAUGACCCACCAUCUGAAUCAUACAAUGAAUGUUGGAUGAAAUCUGUUCCUGAUGACAAGAAAAUAUCACAGCUUUCAGUUCCUGGAACACAUAACAGUAUGGCCCGUGCUGGAGACUUGUUGUGGGUUUGGUGCCAAAGUCUUUCUUUAAAUACCCAAAUGAGGCUUGGAGUUCGAUUCUUUGACAUUAGAUGUAGGCAUUUCAAUGACGGUUUGCCAAUCCAUCAUGAAGCCUUCUAUCAGGGUUGUAAUUUUACUGGUGUGGUGUCAGAAAUGAUAUCAUACUUGGAAGCCAAUCCAUCUGAAGUUCUUCUUAUGCGAAUUAGGGAGGAGUAUAAAUCAGAUGGCAAUACCAGGUCUUUCACUGAUACACUAAAGGCAGGAAUGAGUAACUUUCCUGCAGCAAGAUUUUAUUUGCAAGACCACAUUCCAAACAUGAGAGAAUGCCGUGGAAAGAUCAUUGUUUUAAGAGACUUUUCCGGUUACGAUUUGGGAAUUUACUUCAGAUCAGCAGAUCUUGAAGACACUUGGAGUGCUGGAGAAGAUGAAAAGUGGGACAAGGUCAAAGCUCACCUAGAUGAAGCACAGAGAAGCUCAGGUGAUACCCUGUUCAUAACAUUUUCAAGUUUCACAUGUGGUGGCCAAGCACCACGUGAACUAUCACGAAAAAUGAAUCCCAAACUUCAUUCCUACAUUACUGGACGAAAAGGAAGACUAGGAAUUGUAGUUAGUGAUUAUCCUGGACCAAAACUUAUCCGUGAUAUAAUUGAAAGUAAUUGCUGAUCACAAUUACUUCAUAUAUAGAUGCAUUUUAAUGCAACAUUAUAAAAAAUGAACACUGCAGGUUUUGGCACCAAAUGUUAUCUGUGCAUAAUUAUGAAUAAAAUACCAAAUUAAAAAUGCUGCUUCACACAAUUAUAACCAAAUAAUGUUUAAUUAUUUCUGAACAUUUAAGAAAAUAUACGGCUUUUUAACAGAAACAUUUAAAGACUACAGAUGGAAUACAUAAUAUGGUCAAAUCAUAUAAGACUGAAAGCAAAAAUAAACAUUUAAAGACUA